AUGUCGCAGCAGGUAAUUUCGCAACCAAAGGGCCAGCAGGAGUUCGUGGAAACCAUUGAGCCUGAUCUGGCAAGGGCUAUACCCCAUAAUAAAGGCACAGGAAGUCAGCACAAAGGAGAUCAGGCUUUGCAGCUCAUCGAAGAGGUAGAGCAUUCAAACAUAUUGACCCCCGAGAACAACGCCAAAGUUCUUCGAAAGAUCGAUUUGCGUCUGCUUCCCAUUCUCUUAGGAAUCUACUUCCUCCAACAACUCGACAAGUCGACCAUCUCAUAUGCCUCUGUUUUUGGAAUCGUCGAGAAAGCCCAUCUGCAUGGCCAACAGUACUCUUGGCUAGGGGGUUCGAUCUAUCUGGCUCAGCUAGUGUUCCAGCCCCUGGUCGCCUACCUUCUGGUUAAAGUGCCCAUAGCAAAAUUUCUGGCUGUUUCCUGCCUCUUAUGGGGUAUUGCGUUAACGUGCAUGACUGCAGCUACAAACUUUGGAGAGUUGCUUGCUUGCCGGAUAUUUCUAGGUGUCUUUGAGGCUGGAAUUGCCCCGGCCUUCAUUGCAGUCACUCAAAUGUGGUACCGGCGUCGUGAGCAGCCCGUGCGAUUGAGCUCUUGGUAUGCGAUGAACGGAGUCGUGAAUAUGUUUGGAAGUUUGAUUGCCUUCGGACUGGGUCACAUCAAUUCCUCUAUAUUUGCACCCUAUCAGAUCAUCUUCCUGUUCUUCGGUCUAGUCACUGUUGGGUUCUCUGCCGUUAUUCUUGUUUUUAUGCCCGAUUCCCCGGUGUCCGCCAAGUUUCUUGGAGAGGAGGACAAACUGUUAUCGAUUGAAAGACAGCGAAUGAACCAACAGGGUAUAGAGAGCCAAGAGUGGAAAUGGGACCACGCAAAGGAAGCAUUCCUUGACCCCAAAUCGUGGUUCUGGUUUGCAUUAAUGUUUUCCAUUUCUGUUCCAAGUGGUGGCAUCACUACUUUCGGGCCCUUAAUUAUCAAGUCUUUUGGGCUCAGUCAAUAUGAUACCAUGCUUUUCAAUAUUCCAUUCGGUGCAGUACAGCUUGUCGCCACGAUGGGAGGAGCCUGGCUAGCAACUGUUUGGAAAAUGAAGGGUCCAGUCCUAGCAUUGCUCUGUCUCCCACCCAUCGCCGGUUGUGUGAUGCUGCUGCAGAUUACACAUGACAAUGCCCACAAGGGGCCAUUACUUGCAGGAUACUACAUUAUAUCUGUGUACCCAGCAAUCACCCCAUUGAUAUACUCCUGGUCCGCGGGAAACACAGCUGGAGAGACGAAAAAGAAGGUUACUACCGCUAUCCUAUAUGUCGGACAGUGCGCUGGUAACGUGCUUGGACCGAACCUUUAUACCACAAAUGAAGCACCGCUUUACCGUCGUGGCCUUCUUUCGAACCUCGCAAUGUUUUGUGUCUUGAUUGGUCUGACAGGGGCAAACACGGCAUAUCUGCUAUUUCUGAACAAGAAGCACGAGAAGAGACGUGUGGCUCUCGGAAAGAGCGCCAAAAUUAUAGACCAGUCAAUGCAAACCGUUCAAGCUGUCUCGCACGACGCGAAAGAAGACGCGCCUCAACAAGCAACAGAUGACAAUGCCUGGAAAGAUCUGACCGACUUGCAGAACGAGGACUUUGUCUAUGUCUUCUGA